GUUUUGGACUUGGGCUGCACAGAAUCUCCAGAGCAAAAUGCCAACUCAACCGCCUCGAGACAACUCGAUUUAUACGAAUUUAAUCAAAUUUCACUGGACUUUUCUGUCGUAAAAAAAAAAACAAAAAAACACCUGUUUAUUCCGAUUCUGUGCGUUUUUAUUCCAGAACAUCAUGCCACCUCACAUGAGCUGCACCACGCUGACAACUGCUACAUAAUGGCAUGUAGGGGCGGCUCUGGUCCAAUAAAUGAGGAUAACGCAAGGUUCCUGCUGCUGGCAUUGUUCAUCAUUAUCUAUCUCCUGUGUGGAGCCGCAGUCUUCUCCGCGCUGGAGCAGCCAAUGGAGCGAGAGGCGAAGGAGCGCUGGGCGCAGAGAUUUGAGCAUUUCAGCCAGAAGUACAACCUGAGUAAGAAAGACCUGAACAACUUCCUGAGGAACUACGAAGAGGCGAACGUGGCGGGGAUCCGCGUGGACACAAUCCGACCUCGAUGGGACUUCACCGGCGCGUUUUACUUCGUGGGGACGGUGGUGUCAACCAUUGGGUUCGGUAUGACCACUCCUGCCACCAUUGGAGGAAAAGUCUUCUUGAUGUUCUAUGGCCUGCUCGGCUGCGCUGCCACCAUCCUCUUCUUCAACCUUUUUCUGGAGCGUGUCAUAACAGUCAUCGCCGUGGUCCUCAAGUCCUGUCACGAACAUCGGCAUAAAAAAGCUGCGCUUGCAUCAAAUGGUCAGCGAGUGUCUGAGGGAAACAGAGCUGGUGGAAAUGGAGGAGAAAGAGGAGAAGAUCUGGCUGGCUGGAAGCCUUCGGUCUACUGCGUCAUGUUCAUUCUAGGCAUGGCGGCCAUUGUGGUGUCCUGCUCUGCCUCUCUCAUGUACUCUGCAGCAGAGGGCUGGGACUACCUGGAUUCGCUGUACUUUUGCUUUGUGGCCUUCAGCACAAUUGGUUUCGGAGACAUGGUGAGCAGCCAGCGGGCGGUAUAUGAGGGCCACGCCACAGUCGCGUAUAGGUUGGGCAACUUCUUCUUCAUCCUGACCGGCGUUUGCUGCAUCUACUCCCUCUUCAACGUCAUCUCCAUCGUCAUCAAGCAGGUUCUCAACUGGCUCCUGAGGAGGUUGGAUGCACCCUGCCGCUGUUGUUUGCCAAAGAGGGGUCACCACCCGCACCGGCACCCCCGACGGAACGUGGUGGCACCGGGCCAUCUGCGCGCCCGCAGAGACCCCUCCAUCGAGACGGAUGCCCUCAACGAAAGUGAGACCGACAAUGGGCGCAGGAUGUCUGGGGAGAUGAUCUCCAUGAGAGACUUUCUUGCAGCCAACAAGGUCAAUCUGGCUAUUAUGCAGAAGCAGCUUUCCGAAAUGGCCAUUGGGCAUCCGCGCCAGUCCAGCUCCAGUUCACGUCACAACGGAUUCUCAGGAGGGGUGGGAGCCCUUGGCAUCAUGAACAACCGUUUGGCAGAGACUAGCGUGGACAGAUAGGGCAGACAAUUAUUUCUAAGGGUAACAGAAUGCAGCAAGGAUAAGCCGAUAAGGACACAUUUCCACUGGGGAUAACCUUCCUGGAAAAAAGAAAAUGACACUUUGGGUGGUUUCAAGACCGAAUACAUGACUAAUUCAUCUGUUGAUAGCACGCUGACUCCCACCAGCAAACAUCUCCUCCCACUUCCCUGUCAAGAACAUGGCUACAUUAAUGAUGAAUUAGAUCGACUGGAGUCUGACAUCUGGACCAGAAUGUUACCACAUGAGGAAUUCAGUUACCAUGGUGAUAUAAAAAAAAGGCCUGCCUGGAGCACUUAUCUAAGCCUUAAAAUCCUAAUGCACUACACGCUUCUUCUACUAGCAUAUCGUACUUAACAGUUCUCACUAUGGCUCUACCUACAUCUAUAAUGACCUAAAAAUAGCUUUAAUAAAAUUGGUGGUACUUGGUUUUGUGUCUAACACUAGUAAUUACAUAAAGCUGGGUGAAAUGUAGAAAAGAAAAGCCAAAAUGAUGGGUAAUUUGAUGUUUACCUUUGAUCCUGAAUGUGUGAUUUUACAAUUAGACUCUCAAUGCCACUCUCAUUAACUCAAACAAAUGUUUUACAGCCUUUCUAUAUGCCAUUCAGUAGCCUCUUUCUUGGCAAUGCUUGAAAUUAAUUAUAACGACAGAAAGAGGAAAAAAAUCCCCAGAGAACCUUAUUCUAAAAUAAACAGCCCUAUUAUCUUCAGCUGAAUGGGUGAUGUUCUGGGACGGAGAUGAAACCCAUUAUGUUAGAAUGAUGUUUACCUUGGGUUUGCUGCCCUUUAUACAGGCACAGACGCAGAGAGAAGGACAUUUUCACACUCUGAUGGUGUCUUGCAGUCCCAGGUGGUUGGCAGUGAUAUAUUGUGUUGAAAAAGGUAGCUCUAGCAGUUAUUAUUUUCAUUUUAGCACAACAGUGUAAGGUUUCCAUUUUUCCUGUAGUCUAGGUUCACUGCAGACGCAGACAACUUGUGGACAGUAAAUCAUUAAGUACGAUUGAAUAGGUAUCUUAAUUAUCUUAGUUCCUACAUCUGAAAAGAAAUUACAGGUUGAGAAUACUUUGGCUCCACAUCUGACGUCAACAGCUAUUGAAAUCUGCAUUGUGUAAGAAGUGUCGGAUUUUAGAGAACAAAAGCAUACAGACAAUGUUUUUUUGGUGAUACAAUGAUAAUCUCGCAAACCUGCAAAAAAAACAUGUUCUAUAUUUUUGUACGGGGGUCUGCAUGGUUUUUUAAAGUAUGAUAAUAACAGUAUAAUGAGGUUGGACUCAGAUGGCACACAGCACUAAUAAUAUACAGUGCUAAGAAUGUAUUUGUGUAAUAAAAAAGAAAAACAAUGUAAGUGAAUAUUUGUUGCAACCAUUUCCCCAUAUACAGUUUUUUCAAUCAGGAAUUAGUAUUGUAAUAUGCACAGCAAACCUUUGAAGCUUUGGAUUUCUCAACAUGCUAGAGCAGUGUUCUUUUCUUUUUUGUAACCUUUCGCAUUCUGAAAACACACAAAAGAAGGGUGCUUGAAGGUGUUAUUAAACAAAGUUUUCAUCUGCUCUAAAGUAAGCUAAUGUCAUGAGCAUAACUAAACUAUCUUAUGAAAUACAGGAGCAAUUCGAAUGC